UCUAGAGCCAACCCCAGGCUAGUCAGAGCAUAUCCGGUGUUGGAAGAGCUGGGUUGGCUCCCGUGGCGUCUUUUUGAAGAGAGGAGACUGUCAUACGGACUCUGGAACCAUGAACAUAUUUGAUCGGAAGAUCAACUUUGAUGCACUCUUAAAAUUCUCCCACAUAACUCCCUCGACACAGCAGCACCUGAAGAAGGUCUAUGCCAGUUUUGCCCUCUGUAUGUUUGUGGCGGCUGCGGGGACCUAUGUCCAUGUGGUCACUCAUUUCAUCCAGGCUGGCCUGCUCUCUGCCUUGGGCUCCCUGGGGUUGAUGGUUUGGCUGAUGGCAACACCUCAUAGCCAUGAGACUGAGCAGAAAAGACUGGGACUUCUUGCUGGAUUUGCUUUCCUUACAGGAGUUGGUCUGGGCCCUGCUCUGGAGUUGUGCAUUGCUAUUAAUCCCAGCAUCCUUCCCACUGCCUUCAUGGGCACCGCCAUGAUCUUCACCUGCUUCACCCUCAGUGCUCUCUACGCAAGGCGCCGGAGCUACCUCUUCCUGGGAGGUAUUUUGAUGUCAGCAAUGAGCCUGAUGCUUUUGUCUUCCCUGGGGAACCUUUUCUUUGGAUCUGUUUGGCUUUUCCAGGCAAACCUGUAUAUGGGACUGGUGGUCAUGUGUGGCUUUGUCCUUUUUGAUACCCAACUCAUUAUUGAAAAGGCUGAAAAUGGAGAUAAGGAUUACAUCUGGCACUGCGUUGAUCUCUUCUUAGAUUUCGUUACUCUCUUCCGGAAACUCAUGAUGAUCUUGGCUAUGAAUGAGAAGGACAAGAAGAAAGAGAAGAAGUGAGAUGACCAUCCAGCCUUUCCCAGUUUGACCUCCUCUCCCUCUCCCCCUCAUUUCCUCUUUGCACACAUCACAGGUGGCGUGUUCUAUGAUAAUGAAAAGCAUCAGAAAAGCUUUUGUACUUUGUGGUUUUCUCUAUUUUGAAGUUUUGGGUUUUUUUUUAUCAAAAAAAGAAAACUGAUUAGCAGAAUAUAGUUUGGAGUUUGGCUUCCUAUUCCUGGAGUUCUUCCAUAUUCCCUUUUUUGUCAGCCCAUCUGUAGCCUCUUGCUCUGUCCAGGCAGCCAGGCCACCAAGAUGAGAAGUGGGGCCAGCCGAGGGAACAAACUUCCGGAAGUCCGCCAUCCCACCAAGGCUCAGCGAGUGGACCCAGGACUGGUUGAUAGAGACGCCUCGCCCACCCUUCCUCAGCACUGCUUGCUCUGCGCACAGUUCCUGUGGGACUAGCCAGUGUGUUUUCCAUUGGGAAGAAGGUCUCUGGCCCCUUGGCUAACUCAGAGUCAUCACAUCUGAUCUGUCAACUCUACAAAGAAAGCAGUCUUGUUGGUGCUGUGUGUCUUCUGCGCUAUGUGCGCUGGUCUGGCAAGCCCCCUCAGCCUUGUCAUCACGAGGGGGAUGUGGGCUCUUCCAACCCACCUGGCCCUCAGGGACUCCGCCAGCUUUCCAUCCUUGGGGUGGGAGGACUCGCACAAAGAUCAAUUCUUGUUAGGUAUUUUGCAAAAGGCUAAGCAUGGAUGGCAAGGUAGAUGUAGCCUAAAAUUCUCCCAUUUUCCCUGGUGUUUUGUAUUGUUUUUUUAAAUUGGUUUUGAAAAUAGGUCCUCACUGUAGAGUGGCCUCCAUUAGGUGGCUAUGAUUAAAGGCCCCCAAAGAGGAAGGCUAAGGAAAGGGAGCAGUUGAACCUCUAGCGUUAAUUAUGCGUCCUGCCAGAUGAGCUUAGGCAAGGAGUCUUGGUGUCGUGGGGGACAAAUCUCCACCAAACCAAGGGGUUCCUUGUAGGAUCGGUGAAGCAGGGGCCUGGUGACUUGCAAGACAGCCUUGGUAGCCCUUCAGUGUAUUUUGUCUAAACCCACCUCGACACUCUUAGGGCGUUGUCAGCCAGAGACUCUGGGCAGUAGAUAAACUUUUCAUUUACAGAUGCACUUUGGUGUUUGGAGCCAGGCGACCAGUCCUGCAAAAUGCAGCUCUGUUUGUUACAAACAUGGGAGAGGCCUUAUAACCAUCGCCAGGUCCUCCCUGUGGGCUGCCACUGUCAGGUGGCACAGAAGGGCGCAUGGGCACAGUCCUGGCCCUGGCCGCUGGGUUUCAGUGCUGGGCGACUAUGCCAAGGAAAGCUCAUCUUUAGUAGGACACCAUUUUGGGCUGUGCUGGUUUGUGGUGCUCCAUGUCACUAUGCCAUCUCAUGAAACUUCUGGAGUGACGAUGCCACCCAUAAUGGCUUGCCCUGCUGAGGAUGCUGCCCUCCAAUUUAGCUGCUGCCUCCAGCCUCUGGCUUGAGAACUUUACUACAGGGACUUCCUGCCUGUGAAAAGCCCUCAUCCGCAACUCUCCAUAGACGUGGCGGUUCUCUGCUAGACCCGAGAGCCUGACUUCCACCUGUUGAAGCCAAACUCCACCUCUUGUGCUUUUUUGCUUGGGAUAAAGGAGUUUUUCUUUAGAAACAGUGCCAAGAAUGACAAGAAUAUUAAAAAAAAAUUACUUUUAAAGAAAAUGUCUAACAGGUUUUUAAUACAGUUAUCUGUAAUUUCCACUUUCUUUUCUAGCUCUUGGUUUUUUGGCUCAGGCUGCAUUCUCUUAACUCAUACUGUGAAGACAAAGGUGUUUUUGAUUCAAAAAUAUAUAUCUACAUAAUCCUAAUUUGUAAAAAAUAAAGAAAAUUCCUUAACCUC